AUGAGAUUAUCUACAGCCAUUUUAGCCAUAUUUAUGUUGGUUCUUGAAGUCAACUGUCUCUCAGUUAAGAGAUUUUUCGCUCCAUCGUCUCCGAUGUUCUCGUUGAUUGCUCAUCACAAAGGUGAAGAAUUCCAGUACAAUUUGGUCAAAUUUAACGGAAGUGAUAUCGUCUUAGGAGGUGAUGAACAAGCAUUCUUUGGAAGAAUCAAGGCCAACAAUGGGUACACCUUGAACUUGCCAUUGGCCAACGGUACUAAUACUACUUAUCCAUCCAACAGAACUGUUUAUGUGGACAAGAACUACAAACUAACUACCACCUCAUUCCAAAACCAGUCAAGUGAACACUUUGGCCUUAACAACUCUUUAUUGACCUACCAAAAUUCGUCCAAGUUCUUGGCUUGCCCAAAUCCAAUCGAAAAAGGUCAAUAUGAGAUUUAUGCAAACACUAAGGUUAAGAAUAUCACCUGUCCAUCUAAUUCGACUGGUUUCGAAGUAGACUUGUUAGUUCAACUUCAACUUGAUGCUGGAAUCAAUUAUAACCCAUCGACUAACAAAGCUUCGCUUUUUGGUAAGAAGAAAUAA